GUGCUCCCCACCCCCACCUCCCCCCUCCUCUUCCGCAAAGGGCGGGAAACCGUGCCGCCAUGGAGGACAUCCAUGAGGUGCCGCGGCCGCGCAUAGCCACCAGCCACCUGGCGCAGCACAUCGGGAAGCCCGUCUGCUUCGUGGGCCGCGUCGAGAAGAUUCAUCCUACUGGGAAGCUUUUCGUGCUUUCGGAUGGAAAAGGAAAACAUGCAACUGUGGAGUUGAGCGAGCCUCUAGACGAAGAGAUCUCGGGAGUUAUUGAAGUAGUGGGAAGAGUAACAAAUCAGGCAACCAUCAUGUGUGCAUCCUAUGUCCAGUUCAGAGAAGACAAAAGUCCGUUUGAUAUGGAACUCUACAAUGAAGCACUAAAAAUUAUCCAUGAAUUCCCUGAAUACUUCCCAUUUGGUACUGGGAAGAACACUUGAUUUUUCUUAACAUAUAUUUAGGGCCUCAGAGAGUGCAACAGUACUGUAGCUUUCUUGCCUGGCAGCAUGAUAACAGUUGCAUUUUAUUUACAACAAAUUACUGAAAAGAUGCUGUUACAUGUGCCAUGUAUUGCCAGUGAAGAAUGUUUUCUUUGAAAAUGUACUUAGCAAGAAGGAGAACACUUCUGUGGCUCUCGGUGUCUGUAUAUGUUUAACCAUUUUGCAUCCAUGAGGAGUGUUCUCUUGCAGGAUUGGAUUUGAUAGAAGCUGAAGUUUUGUAGGCAUCUUUUUGUUGUUGCUAGAGGUUCUAGGACACUUUAUAGGAAACUCACACUGAAGGUACUUGGUGGGGUUUUAAUGUAAAGAUUUUUUUAUUGUAUUUCCUUUGAUACAAACUUACUGAAGGGGUGUGUGUGUAUUGUAUUUUGCAUCUUGACAAUGGUCUCUUCCCCAAUAAAAAAGAUCUGACUACAUUUAA